AUUUUUGGUUCGGUCGGGUUAUUUGAGUCCAAUCAAAACGGACUUACCGGUCAGUCGGUCACAUCUUUCGAUUUGUUGGAUAUAUACGUAACGAAGGGAUAAUACAAGUAGGUGAAAACGCGCCACAAAGGGAACUCGACAUGCGUUAAUACGUGUCUAAACUCUAUUAAAACGCAUCGUUUAAGCAAGAAUUUUUCUUUUCUCUGUCGUUAGCAAAAACAAAAACAAUUUUAACUUUUUUGAAUUUUUAGAAAAAAAGAACAAAAAAAAAAAAAAAGCAAAAACGUUCAGUGUCGCCGGGGAGUUAUACAGACAUCACAAUCAAAUUAGGUCAGAAGAGUUGUCGGAGAAAGAAGCCAUGGGAAGAAGAAAAGUGGAGAUCAAACGAAUUGAGAACAAAAGCUCUCGACAAGUUACUUUCUGUAAGCGACGAAAUGGACUCAUGGAGAAAGCUCGUCAACUCUCAAUUCUCUGUGAAUCCUCCGUCGCUCUUAUCAUCAUCUCUGCCACCGGAAGACUCUACAGCUUCUCCUCUGGCGAUAGCAUGGCCAAGAUCCUCAGUCGUUAUGAAUUACAACAGGCUGAUGAUCUUAAAACCUUGUGCCUUAACAUUGUGGAUAAAGACCAGGAUAGAGAUACUCUGUUCUUCACAGCUGGUAUUGCACUAGAAAGUCUACGACAUGGUUCUAAACUUGAUCUAGAAGAAAAAAAUCUUAAUUAUCUUUCACACAAGGAGUUGCUAGAAAUAAUCCAAUGCAAGAUUGAAGAAACGAAAAGCGAUAAUGUAAGUAUAGAUUGUCUAAAGUCCCUGGAAGAGCAGAUCAAGACUGCUCUGUCUAUAACUAGAGCUAGGAAGGCAGAACUCACGAUGGAGUUUGUGAAGACCCUUCAAGAGAAGGAGAAGCUGCUGAUAGAAGAGAACCAGGUUUUGACAAGCCAGCUUAAAAAGAUGGGGAAGAUGAAGAAGUCUAGGGAAACAGAGGAUGCAAGAGCAAUGUCACCCGAAAAUAGUUCCCGAAACAAGCCACCGGAGACUCUCCUGCUGCUCAAGUAACCACCACCACCACCAAGGACUGAUUGGGAAAAUAAAAUUGCAAAAAAUUCUGAUUUGUUAUUCAUAAGAAAAGCUACAUAUAAUAUAAAUCAUCUUCAUACCCUGCUAUGGAGAAGUUUAAGAAGAAAACGCAUCCAAGGGGAAGACUAGAGCAUCAAAUAAAAGUAUUGGUUUUUAUUGUUACCUUCGGAGGACGUGAUCAUAUUGUAUUUCGUGCCUUUUGUGUGUUCUUGUCUGAAUAUUGGAAUUGUUGGGUUUAUAAAAAGUUUGAGCUGCCUUCAGCGUGAAGAA